AUGGUAAAACUCAACAUCUACGGCCGAGGCCGAUCACUGCGAAUGGCUAUUAUGUUUACGUGCCAAUUGGCAUUUAUCUUCUUCGGCUACGAUCAAGGUGUCUUCUCCGGAAUUGUAGGAAACGACGAAUUCCUCGACAUAGUCCACCAUCCCAGCGCCGGUAUUCUGGGUAUCAUAGUAUCAAUAUACAAUCUGGGCUGUUUCGCCGGAACGAUAGUCUCAUUUGCGAUAAGUGAUCGAAUUGGACCGCGGAAAUCAAUGUGGUUUUCCAUGGCGUGGAUUAUUGUAGGAGCAACAUUACAAACAACCUCAUUCUCAAGACCCCAGUUACUCGUUGCGCGCUUCAUCACUGGUAUAGGUACAGGUAUCGAAACCACUGUCGUACCAGUGUACCAAUCCGAACUAUGCGAAGCCAAGAAACGAGGAAAAUACGUCUGCAGCGAGCCGCUUUUCGUUGGUGUUGGUAUUGUUAUUGCUUACUGGUUUGACUAUGGGAUGAGUUAUGUUGAUGGAGCUAUAAAUUGGCGGUUGCCAGUUGCUUGUCAGAUGAUUUUUGCUAUCAUGGUUAUUUUGUUGGUUUUUGGUCUGCCUGAAAGUCCCAGAUGGCUCUACCGACAUAACAGACCAGAUGAAGCUCUCCAGGUUCUAUGUGAUAUCUAUGACAUGGGACCGGAGGAUGGUAAGGUCGCUUCUGAAUCCGAGGGCAUUAUCCAGGCUAUUCAGCUGGAGACACUACAUGGCGAAUAUAAAUGGUCACAGAUUCUCAAGCGGGAUGAGGUGCAGACUGGUCGACGGGUAUUGCUGGCUUAUGGAAUUCAAUUUAUGAAUCAGAUGGGUGGGAUCAACUUGGUUGUGGUGAGUUCAUUCCCAGCACUGUCCUACUGUAUUGACCUAAACCAUCAAUCUCUAACACUAUGGGCCUUGCAGUACUAUGUGACUUCCGUCCUCGAAUAUAACGUCGGCCUAACUCGCAAACUAAGUCUCCUCCUUGGAGGAGUAAUCCAAAUCAUGUUUGUGAUUGGCUCCUUCUACCCAACCUUCUUCUCGGACCGCUUCGGUCGCCGCAAGCCAAUGAUGUGGGGUUCCUUCGGGCUCUUCAUCUCAAUGAUGAUGAUAUCGAUUUUGCUCUCAUUCAAGGGAACAUCAAUCGAAAAACCAACAGCAACAGCCUCCGUCGCCUUCUUCUUCCUCUUCAUGUUAAUCUUCGGUGCAUCAGUGAAUUGUAUUCCGUGGGUAUACGGACCUGAGAUUUUGCCUUUGCAUGCUCGCGCUAAGGGCCAAGCAAUCGGAAUCUCAGCAAACUGGCUCUGGAACUUCUUCGUGGUAAUGAUAACGCCGACAUUAAUCCAAAAUCUGGCUUGGAAGGGAUAUUUGAUUUUCAUGUGUUUGAAUCUGGUUUUCGUUCCGAUUAUCUACUUCUUCUACCCCGAGACUGCGAAUCUCACGCUCGAGGAGAUUGAUUUCCUAUUUACGGAUCGGGCGAGAUACCCUUCUAUUGCGGAGUUGCGGUCCGCUGGGAAUGGAGAUGUUCGGGUGGAUGGUGUGGAUGGGAAUGAGAAAGAUGAGAGUGGGAGUGCUGGGGGUAGUGUCAGACAUGACGAAGUGAGAGUAGGAGCUGGAGGGAAGGAGUGA